UGUCAAGGAAUUUUCAUUUUUCAUUUGUGAAAAGAAAAUAACUAAGUUUUAAUUUGAAUUGGCCCUUAUAAUAUAUAUUUUUUCAUGAAUAUAAUGUGAAAUUAUUAUAACAUCGUAUUUUUACUACAUUUACUAGUGUUCUCAACAUGACCAACGCUACUAUUCAGGAAAUAGAGGGUAUAGACGAUUAUUGGGGUCCUGCCUUCAGGUCAGUGUAUGAAGGUGAAGGUGGCCAUGAAGCUUUUGUGCAGCAACUGGAUGAUAGGAUACAGCAGCAUGACAAGGAGAUAGAGAAGUUAUGCAACUUUUACUAUCAGGGCUUUAUUGACUCCAUUCGUGAAUUGUUGCAAGUGCGUUCCCAUGCAGAGGAGCUCCAUGCUGAGAUAUCUAAUGUUGACGCUAAUGUCAAGGAGUCGACUGAAAGUCUCUGUACAAGAGCGGAAGAGCUGAUCAAAGCUCGCCGUGUAGAACUAAAUAUAGCAGCAACAAUCGAAAAAAUGGAACUGUGUUUGCCACUAUUGACUACAUAUUCAAAGCUCAAAACUCAAGUAGAAGCUAAGAGGUACUACCCGGCGCUGAAGACGCUGGAGCAGCUGGAGCACGUGCUGCUGCCGCGCGUGGGCGCGUUCGCGUGGUGCGCGCGCAUCGCGGCCGACGCGCCGCGCCUGCGCCGCGCCAUCCGCGACGCGUCCAUGGCCGACCUGCGCGACUUCCUCGAGCACGUGCGCACGCUCAGCCCGCAGGUUGGUGCGAUGGCGUUAGUACAGACCCAAGACAUGCUCGGGAGGAGUUUGGCGAAUAUCGUCAAGAACAGGAAAGAGAGUCCGCUGCAGACCCGAGAGAGCAGCGGCCCGCAGUGCCCGCACGAGCUGGUGGACUGCAGCCCGCUGCACCGCUGUCUGCACAUACACAGCGUGCUCGGCGCCAAGAACGACUUCGUGCACUACUACCGAGCUCAGCGCAAGCAGCAAGCUCGACUCGUGCUUAUCCCCGCGUCAGGCAACCUCCACGAGUCCAUACAGAACAUGAAGAACUACCUCAACGCCGUACUGGGCUUCUUCAUUUUGGAGGAGCAUCUGCUGUCCACCGGGGCGGGGCUGGUCUCCAAGGACUGGCUGCUGGACACUUGGAGCAUGGCCGUGACGAAGGUGGCUUCGACCUUGAGGACCAACACAUCGCUGAUAACGGACCCGACUCUGAUGCUCAGUAUAAAGAGGCAGAUUGUGCUCUUCAUAAAUGCUUUAAAAUGUUACGGUCUCCCAACCGACCCUCUGCCACUUCUGCUGCAAGAGAUGGCCGAGCACUACACCGAAGUGCUGAUGCAGCGUUGGGUAGUCGUCUUCAGGGAUAUAUUGGAUAACGCUUCCUUCCUGCCAAUAGAGGUGGAAAACCAAGAGCAGUUCGACGCCGUCAUGGAUACAUUCCCGUACGACGCCGACGACCUGGAGACGCAGCCCUUCCCGAGAAAGUUCCCGUUCUCGGGGCUGGUGCCGGCCGUGUACGUGCAGGUGAAGGAGUUCAUCUACGCGUGGCUCAAGUACUCGGCCGGCCUGGGGCUGGGCGGCGCGCGGCGGGCGGCGGCGGCGCGCCACUCGGCCGCGCUGCUGCUCAGCCGCUCCUUCGCCGGCUGCCUGGCCGCGCUGUUCCGCCGCCCGCUGCCGCUCAUGCAGCUCGUGCAGAUAAUUGUGGACACGCAGUACCUGGAGGACGCUACGUCAUUCCUGUACGAGUUCAUCAGCAACAUCACCGGCUCGGAGCUUGUUACGACGCAGACGGCGGGCAGCAUGUUCCAGGCGGCGCGGGACGACGCCGAGAAGCAAAUCUGUGAGAACUUGGAGAAGAAGGUCGAUGAAUUCCUCGACCUCGAAAACUAUGACUGGCUAUUAGUCGAACCGACCGGCCAAGCGUCGUCCUUCGUCACCGACAUGCUGAGCUACCUGACGGGCGUCCUGUCGUCGCUCGAGCAGCUUCCGGAGAGGGCCCGCGCGGCGGCGGCGCGCGCGGCGGCGGCGCGCGUGUCGGGCCGCCUGCGCCGCGCGCUGCUGUCGCCGGCCGUCCGCCAGGUGUCGUCGGGCGCGCUGUACCAGCUGGACCUGGACGUCAUCCAGUGCGAGCAGUUCGCGGCCGCCGAGCCCGUGCCCGGCCUGCGCGAGGGCGAGCUGCUGGAGCACUUCGCCGGCCUCAGGCAGCUGCUGGACCUCAUAACGGGCUGGGACUGGUCGUCGUACCUGCACGACGUGGGGCUGGAGGGCGGCAAGUACGCGCUGGUGUCGCCGCGGGACGCCGCCACGCUGCUGGACAAGCUGCGGGAGGCCGAGCAGAAGUCCUCCGUCUUCUCCGUGCUGAAGAAGAACGAGCGCGACAGGAGGAAGCUGCUCGACACGGUCUUGAAGCAGCUCAGGCAGCUGCAGAACCAGGACGGAUAGAUAUUUGAUUUACGUCAAUUCUUGGUAUACUUAUUAGUGUAUAGUAAAUUGCUGUAUUUAAAAAAAUGCCCUAUUUCCUCUAGGACGGUUUCUACUGCCGAGCCGUUUUUUCAUAUAUGAGCAAAUAAUUAAUAAUUGCUCGCAAAUUAAGAAAUUUUUUUUAAUGAAAUGGGUUAUAGUUGGUAUCUUAUAUUUUUAAUGCGAUAUUUAUAUUACACUAUCAGAGAAAAUG